CACACACACACACACACACACACACACAUACACAAAACACCUCCCUUCCUUUGUUCACUGCACCACACAUACAAAUGUAUUACAAACACACAAACGUACACACACACACACACACACGCACACACACACACACACACACACACACACACACACACACACAUCCAUCACACUUCCAUGCACACUUAUAUCUUCCUGCACCCUCACAUAACAAACAGGAGUCUGGUGAAACAACUGGGAGAUUGUCACUAUCACUUGAGCGUUGAGAAGACUAUCAUUGAUGUCUACUCACUUAUUUUGAUGGACACAUUCCAGUACCUUACAGUGGGCGUAACUGUCAUGCUGGCUGUAGAACGCUACAUCGCCAUCUGUCACCCGAUGCGCGCCAUGACCAUGUGCACAGUACGGCGCGCGCGCACCAUCAUCUGCAUCUUGACCAUCAUCGCGUUCACUUUACGCGCUCCAAAGUUUUUUGAACUGGAUAUCGGAUACGUGCACAUCAGUACAGGGGAGGCAAUCUUCAUGGUCACGAGAGUUUACUUGUAUGAUGAGUUCCUCUACACCUGCAUCGUCACAGCUGGUCUGCUGACGAUCCUGCCCUUACUGAGUCUAAUGAUCCUGAACAUCCGCAUUAUCUACGAGAUUCGCCACUCCGCGAGAUACCUCCGAAACUUCCUUGGGGCGGACUUGCAGGUGCGCUCAGUUGUGUCCAGCGAGGAACUCAAGAUCACUAUGAUGCUGAUCAGCGUGGUCAUCGCCUUCUUUAUCUGCCACGCCCCUUACAUGGUUUUCACGCUCAUAAUGGCUUUCGCAGAAUUUAACACAGAGAAAAACCCUGAGCUGACAAACUCUGAGUUCACGAAAUACUUCAAGUACGUGUGCACCAGUCUACUCAUCCUUAAAGCUUCGUGCAACUUCAUCCUCUACUGCUGGUUCUCGGAAAAGUUCUGGGCGACUUACAAGAGGAUUUUCUGCCCCAUGCUCUGCGUAUCCCAGCAACGCUCAGCCAGACGCUAUCCACACAGCAGUAACAACAACAACCACAGGAGCAUGUGGCAACAAAGCAGCACCACCAAUUUCCACCGCUCGUCCUACUACGUCACCAGGGAGACCACCUGUUGAAGGAUGGCGUAAUACCACAGAUUGGUUUUAUAAUGUCCAAGACUCUUCUGUACUCUGACGUAGUUCCGGUUCACCAUGGAGUACAAGCAUACCAUUUGACUUUAUUUGGAACUAAAUGAAAGGCAGGGAGGGAAAAGUUGCCUGCACAUUCUACAUACUGCAGUCAGGCUGUUGGCUUUUUUUACUUCGUAAUAUGCGCCACCAUGGUGUGCAACAGCGCAGCGAAGUUUCAAUAGAGAGAAACGAGCGCGGCCAUGACAUUGUCGGGUGUAUGAUAUUGUAAUCCAAGUAUACGUUUCCUACACUGACGUCAUGUUAAAGACGAGGCAGAUUGCUUCAACCCUGCUUGACUUGGCCAACAACACAGGCAGAUUGAGAUUU